AUGGCUACUUACCCACCAACUGGUCUUUCCGAGAACGUCAAGACCCUUCCUGAAUGGAUUCAGAAGGGCUGCGGCAACGACGAGUACUACUGUGAGGAGAAGAACGCGACCUUCUUGGGCGCCGCGGACAAGAUGCCCGCCGAGCUGCCCGACCUCAAGGACCACAACAACUUCUUGACCGACGUUCUCAAGAAGAACCCCGAGCUCUACAAGCAGCUCAAGGACAAGAAGACCAAGCUCGGCGUCACCCUCGGCCAGUGCAUCAAGACCGGCAUCGACAACAAAGGCCACCCCAUGAUCAAGACCUGUGGCCUCGUCGCCGGCGACGAGGAGUGCUUCGAACUCUUCGCCGACAUCUUCGAGCCGGUCAUCAGCGCCCGCCACAACGGCUACGCGCGCGACGCCAAGCACCCCACCGACCUCGACGUGUCCAAGCUUUCCGACACGAAGAUCGACCCCACCGGCAAGUACGUGUUGACCUCGCGCUGCCGAACCGGACGAUCCGUGCGAGGCUUCAAGCUCCCUCCUGUCAUCGAGUUCGAAGAGCGCCGCAAGCUUGAGGCCCUCAUCGUCAAGGGUCUCCUCUCCCUCGAAGGCGAGCUCAAGGGUGACUACUUCCCUCUCCACGGCUCCAAGUCCUACGCGCCCAAGCCCGAAGGCAUGUCCAAGGAGAAGGAGGAGGAGCUCCGAAAAGCUGGAAAUCUUUUCCAGGAGCCCGACUCGACUCUGCUUCUCUCCUCCGGCUGCGGCCGCCACUGGCCCGACGCCCGAGGCAUCUACCACAACGAGGCCUCGAACUUCUUCGUCUGGGUCAACGAGGAGGACCAAAUGCGCAUCGUCUCCAUGCAGAAGGGCGAUGACAUCAAGGCCAUCAUCACCCGCUUCUCGCUCGGCACCGCGCAGAUCCAAAAGGUGCUCAAGGAAAACGACGCUGACUUCAUGCGCUCUGACCAUCUCGGCUGGAUUCUCACCUGUCCAUCUAACCUCGGUACUGGUCUCCGUGCCGGCUGCAUGGUGAAAAUCCCCAAGUUCUCCGCCCGCGAGGACUUCAAGACCGUCCUUGCCAAGAUGGGUCUCCAGGCCCGUGGAACCGCUGGCGUCGACUCUGCCUCGACCGGUGGCACCUGGGACAUCUCCAACGCCGAUCGACUCGGCAAGUCCGAAGUUGACCUGGUCAACAUCUUCAUCGAAGGCGCCGCUCAAAUCAUCCGAUGGGAGCAGGCGCUCGAAGAAGGCAAGAACAUCGACGAAGAAGUCGCCAAGGCCUCAAUGAAGACCUCCGCGUAA